UCCUCGGUCCUCGACCCACGGCAACUGAGGUCGAAGGUGACGGAUCCAAGUGAAGUGAUGUGCCUCUAGCUGAUCAUGUGUCAAGUGUGUGUAACUAUCAGUGACCAACGGCCCGGACCCGCGCGACCGUAGCGCCAUGUGGAAAACCUUCCCGGUUGUACUCGGUCUCAUCGUCUUAGGCGGUGGGGCCUCAUUCAACUCCCAAAAGGAACUGCUGGAGUGUGCAAGCCAGAUCCUGUACAUGGACCAGCACUCAUACCAAAUUCCAACAAACUACAACAGAAACAUUCCACCCGGCAAAAACACUACUGUGUACAUAGGAGUUAAUGUGAAUAGAGUGUCUGGAGUAGACGAGAACAGAGAGGAAAUAACCUUGGACGUGUUCCUUCAAGCGUCAUGGGAGGACAUGCGCCUGCACGUGCCUCCCGGGAUGAACCUCAUUGACCUCCCGUGGGAAUUCCGGCAGCUGAUCUGGACCCCCGACCUGUACAUCUACCAGCUGCAGUCCAUGAAGAUCCUCUCGGUCUUCAACGACAUGGCCUCUCUGAGACUGUAUUCCAAUGGCACCGUCUCAGUCAGUAUUGGGGCAACUAUUACAAUAAAAUGCGAGAUGGAUUUUGUUCUGUAUCCACUAGAUGUACAGAACUGCGCCAUUGAUUUCAGUAGUUAUAAGUACACAACAGAAGACAUCAGAUUCGAGUGGCGAGACGUGGCGGCGUGGCGGGGGCUCGCCUCCGGCCCGGGGCAGCGCAGCGAGUUCCGACUCCCCAAAUACGUUGUCACCUUCGUCACGGACAAAAGUAAUCAUAUUCGCACUUAUGGUGAAGGCGAUCACUCUGCCGCCCGUCUCCAAAUCAAGCUGUCCAGAGAGCUGAGGAGUUACCUUCUCGAGAGCUACUUACCCUCGACGUUAUUCGUCAUCAUCUCGUGGGGCAGCUUCUGCGUGAUCCCGGAGAUAGUGCCCGGGCGGAUGGUGUUGUUGGUCACCACUCUGCUGUCUCUUGUCACCAUGUUUGAUACAGUCAGCACAAAUUCGCCCGACGCCCUCGAGCUGAAAUGCAUCGAAGUGUGGCUGAUAUGGUGCACCAUCUUCGUGUUUCUCGCGCUCAUGGAGUACUUCGUGGUUUUAUUCGGGAUCCGGUACGACAAGAGUUGGUGCCAGCGGCGGCAGGACUUGCGCAGAGCAGCGUCUGCCGUACAACUCGCCCCUCAGUUGACCAAUCACGCACAGAGAUUAAGUACGCCAGUGACAGGGACGCCACAGGGAGCAGUGUUCACCCCGCAGCUGAGCGUCGAAGACGAAGGCCUCAAGCAACAGUUCUCUCAUCAAACUAUACAGAGGGACUCACCAAUGCUAGAAGCCAUGGCGAUGCAGUCUCCUGCGACGCCGACCAACACGCGGGCGCGCAUCGCGUCGCUCAUAGAACGCGCCAUCAUGUUCUGUGGCGCCCAACAUGGCUCCCUCGACAGAUUCGCGCUCAUGCUAUUCCCCAUGAGCUUCCUACUCUUCAACAUCAUUUACUGGACAGCAUACCUCUAUGAGGCCCACCAAAGAAAUAAUAAGUGAAGUGUUAAGUAUCACGAUACGAAAUGUGAUCAUUGUGCCUGCAAAGACUUUAUUGUGUUAGAUGUUAUAUUAGAAGAAUUGCUAGUCGAUUUACAAAUCCUGUUUGAACAAUGAUUAAUUUAUAAACAUAGUUUUACUAUUUUAUAUUUAAAAUCGGGAGUUUACGGAGUGUACCAUAUUCCUAUUUGGUAUGUUUAUAGUAAAGACGAUCAAAUAAAAUACCUUGUGACGAAAAUUGACAAAUAUAUCUUGUUUGGUGAUGGCAGCUUGGACCAAAAUUAAUGAAGAUGUAAGAAAUAAAUGAUAUGCUCGUCCUAUUCACAUAUAAAAUGGAUGACAUGAUAUUACAUAGUGGCACAGCUGACAUUCGCCUUUUUUAAGUGGGUAGGUGAGUUCACAAUCGGUUACUUGAACUAAGACUCUGCUUGUUAUUUUAAUGCAAUUUAGGAAAUAACAGGGUAGGCACUAUCUAUUUAUAACUAUAGAAAAUACAUAACUCUGUCGAUAAAAAACCGCUGACCAACUAAAAUGGCUAUCCAAUAAUUAUAUAGAAUAGCCAUGACCAAUCAUUUUAACUCGAGUAUUCAAAAUGGUAUUAUGAACGGAUCCAUUAUUUUUCUUAUGUGUCAGGCGAACAUACACUUUCUCGCUGGUCUGAAGACCAAAAAAAUUAACUAUGAUGAUGGUACAAUAAAUAAAUAUAAAAUAGAUAUUCCUUGAAUAAUAAUUAAAUAUUGUUUUCUAGAUUA